UGGCAGCGUCCUUGACAGGCAUGUGUUGAUUAUAGCCGGGUGUCAAACAUGCUUAACAGUUGCAUAUUUACGGGCAAAACAACACAAUAGAGAGGGUUUUGAAAGCGGAGCAUGGAGAGACGAGAGUUCGUCGCGUACAUGGUGGCGGGGGGCUGCGCGGGGAUGUGUGUGGAUCUGACCCUCUUCCCCUUGGACACCAUUAAGACACGACUGCAGAGUCCGCAGGGCUUCCAAAAGGCAGGAGGCUUCAGGGGCGUCUACGCUGGAGUCCCAUCUGCUGCUGUCGGGUCCUUCCCUAAUGCCGCUGCUUUCUUUGUCACCUACGAAUUCACAAAGUCCCUGCUCGGCGCAGGGAGGGGGCUAGCAGCUCCACAAGCGGCACCUGUCACUCACAUGAUGGCCGCCUCCCUCGGAGAAGUAGUGGCGUGUCUGAUCCGGGUGCCCACAGAGGUGGUCAAACAGAGGACCCAGGCCUCUCCAUCUUCCUCCACCUACAACAUGCUGCUGGCUACACUCAGAGAGGAGGGUUUCCGAGGCUUGUACAGAGGAUACAGCAGCACGGUCCUCAGAGAGAUCCCGUUCUCGCUGGUGCAGUUUCCACUUUGGGAAUAUCUAAAGACUCUGUGGUCACGGAGGCAAGGUCACACGCUCUACUCUUGGCAGUCUGCAGUGUGCGGAGCUUUUGCAGGUGCGGUAGCGGCAUUUGUUACCACUCCUCUUGACGUGGCGAAGACCAGGAUCAUGCUCGCGAAGGCCGGGUCGAGCGAGGCGGGGGGGAACAUCCCCAGGGUGCUCUGCAACGUGUGGAGGAGCCGCGGCCUACCAGGUCUGUUUGCAGGCUGCAUACCGAGGAUGACCUUCAUCAGUGUGGGCGGUUUCAUCUUCCUGGGAGCUUACGAGAAAGUCCGCUGUACUUUACUGUAGCAGCUCGUCCUCUGACAGAAUCCUGAGCCCCAGCCUGGUGGAGGAACAGCGGAGGAAGCAUCUCUUGGAGAAGCACCCUCUUCCUCUGGGGGCCCCUGCACCUCCAUGCUGCUGGGCCCCGAAAAGCAAGGAACACCUGGUGCUCGAGGGAAGAGUCGUCCAGGGCCUGAUCGCUGCAUUCCUGCUCAUCAGUGCUGUUGAGUUUAACAGCCUGAGCUCACACUCCUGUAACAAAUGGUAGCGUGUUAAGUGGAGCCACACCCUGUCCCACAAGUCUAGCAUCUUUACUGUUCAACAUGUAUGUGUGGGAACCAAUGAGUGAUGUAAUUAACGACUCUUUUUAUGUUUUAAGGUGAGGUUUGUUGAUUUGAUCCCCAAUAGAAGGCCCUGUUAAGCUUCCAAUAUGUGAUUUCAUGAUCAUUUUAAUGUGUAAUCCAUAUUUUUCUCUUAGCUAAGUCUGGCCACCUGUUUUAAGACCCACCGGGGGGGAGGGGGGGAGAGACACAGAGUAAUAUAUCAUCAUUGUUACAAUCCCGCUGGAGCACAACUGAGCUCAUCCACCUGCAAGGGCUUUCAUUUUUAUACUAAGGAUCCCUACAACAAUGAGCACUUUGUUAAAUUAACAAGGCUCUUUGUAUUAUUAGCCUCAGGUGUAUUACAGUUUUGGAUAUAGCUGUCUAGUUUAUUGUGAAAUAUUUGUAUCAGGUCGUUACGUUAGCCUGAUUGAUUUGACAUUGUAGAGUGACUCCUAAAGCUCAAACCUGUAAACUUGCCAGUUAAAAAAAGUUAGCUUGACAAAACAACAACAGCCAUUCAACAAUACAGCAAUUGUGUGACCUUAAUCGCUUUAGUUUUGAGGAGACAUACAUUUUCUUCUCCACUUAAAGAUGUAUAUUCAGGAUAAAACAUUAGUGUGCCAGUACGCUAAGAAUGAUGCUACAGCUAGGAUACUGUUAGCUUAGCGCAACAACUUGAAGCAGGGGGAAGAGCUAGUCUGGCUCAGUCCAAUAGCAACACAAUCUGUCUUUAGCACCUCUGAAGCUUACUAACUUACUCUUUAUAGCCAGGCUAGCUGUUCCGUUGUUUCAGUCUUUAAUAUGCUAGGCUAAGCUAGCAGUCUGCUAGCUAUAGCUACAUCGGCUUACUGCACAGGCAUCAGGUAUUGGUAUUUUUUUUUAAUGUAUGUUGGAUAUUAGGGCUGUGCGAUUAUGGCAAAAAUCAUAAUCACGAUUAUUUGGGUCAAUAAUUGAUAUCACGAUUAUUUUGACGAUUAUUCAUUGACCA